GGUAAAACAUGGCUUUGUUGUCAUCGGAAACGAUGUGCUGGGUUGUUUAGAGCCAAGUAAUUUCUAUUAAUAUACUUAAUUAAAUUAAUGAAAGCAUGGCACGUGCUUGAGUGGGUUACUAUUUUAUUCAUAAGCUUAGAUGACAUGUCAUUCCCUGUUAACGUUUGAACAGAGUGAAAGUUAUGGCUGGUGCAGUACAGGAGGUUAGGGAUCCUCUGUCAACAGACAGUAAAGGAUACCCAGCCUCAAAAACAUCUGUAUCUUACGAAGAAAUCGCUACCAAGCUUCUAAAUGAAAAGCUUUUAUUAACGGCCUUGGAAAUGCAUGCAGAAUUAUGCGAAGCAGGAAAAGAAUUAUCUGUUUUGAAAGAAUUUUUUUCCAAUCCCAGUCAUUUUGAAAGUCAAAACAUUAAGCCAGAACCAUACACUUCUAUGCCUAGGUCAUCUAGUCAGGCCACUUUAGAUUCACUUGAUAUGACAAGAUACUCGGAAGACGGUGCAGGCGUUGAUGAGAGAGUAGCAAUUUUAGAAUUUGAACUCAGGAAAGCCAGAGAGAAUAUUUCUGCUCUUCGUGCGAAUCUCACUGUAGUCACAGAAUCAGAAGGAACUACAUCUGAUAAGUCUUCUAAUAAACAUUUCGUUAAUGACCUACCCAUAAAACCGCACGAGCAAAGAGCUUUAAACUUCCUUGUUAAUGAAUAUUUAUUAGCACGUUCGUACAAAUUAACAUCAAUUACGUUUAGUGAUGAAAAUGAAAAUCAAGAUUUUGAAGAUUGGCAGGAUGUAGGAUUAAAUAUUCCGAAACCCACGGAAUUAUUACAGAUUUAUAGAGAAUAUAUGCGAGCCAAUGGAUACAACAAAGCGCCUUCAGCAAGUAUUGGUGUGCAAACAGACUUCUGUGAAAUUGAACCUGAAACAGAAAAGGACGAAUUUAAACAAAUGGUGAAAGAGAUAGAAGAACUUAAACAACAGACUGUGCUGUUAGAACAGGAAAAGGUAGACUUACAGCAAAUUAUUGCAACCACAAAUGAAAAUUUAUCUCAGAAUCCUACUAAGCAAGGUAGUAGCGGAACGAUACAAACAUUAAAUUCGAGUUCUACAACUCCGGAUAAAUUUGAAUUGCUUGAAACGCCACCUCGAGAUACGUCGACAGCAACACAGGAACAAGAGGAAGAUGACAGUGUAUCUGUAGUUGUUAGCCUCGGCGAGACCGAUCCUGGAGAUAAAGAAUGGACUAGAAUUCAAUUCCCUAGAUUGGAUGUUACAGAAGGAUCAUCUAUCCUUCCGAACCCUCCAGCUAGACAUCUACCGCUGAAAUUCAAAAUGGAGGUGAUAGCCCAUUGUUUAGUCAAUAUUCCAAGUUCUAUUACUUCUACGGCGGAAGAACUUUUCAAGAACGGAGUGACACGUGAUACUCUUGUUCAGAUCCUGGCACAUACGUUACCUCGUAUUGUACCCAACAUCAUACUGAACAAACGCGAGGAAGUAAUACCAUUAAUAUUAAGCGUAAUUCGACUUCAUAGUGAAUCUGCCGAAAGAGAGAAAUUACUACAGCUAUUGUUUAAUCUAAAGAAGAGACCUCAAGAAGAUGAAAGACAAUUAAUAUUAGCUGGUUUAGUUGCAAUGUCAAAACUCGAAGACGAUCCAAUGGAAGGUGAAGAAAUAUUAACUAUAUGUUGGGAACAGAGUCAGUACAAGUAUCCCGAGAAAAGAUUGUUGGCUAUUGAAUGCUGCUCUGUGUUGGCUCCAUAUAUGUCAGUUGGUAUUAGGAAUUCAUUAAUGCUCUCUAUGUUACAACAAAUGUUGCUCGAUGAUAAGGAUCCAAUGGUCAGAGCUUGUGUAGUGAAAAAUCUUGCAUUACUCAUAGCAUUAAUGGAUGAUCCUGAUAAGUAUUUUCAGUGCGAAGAAUUGGCGUUAACAGCACUGAAUGACGCAUCGCCCAUCGUCGUAGAAGUCGCCUCUUCUUUGCUUUUACCAAUUUUAGCUCAAUGGGCGCUUUCCUUGAAGAGAUUGCAAACACAUUUGUUACCACGUAUAAUAUCUAAAGUGAAGAAUCAUUUAAAAUCCGGACAUUCUCAACAUUCACCUAAUAAGGAUCACAUAGAUGAAGGAAGAACUGUGUCGUCAAUUAGCGUUUUACAGUAUUUACUGCCGCAUAUGAUUAUAUGUGUAGCAGAUACAGAUACAGUUAGAACGUAUAUGGAACAUGGAACUUCGUCUGAUUUACCCGAUGUAUUCCUGAACUUGUGUCAUACCAAUAUUAUUAAUCCACAAGUAUUUUAUGACGGAGAUAUAGAUGUUGGAGCUCUUUUAAAUACAUUUUUUGCAAACACAUGGGAAAAUGAUACUUGGCCAGAAUUAGAGUGGUUUACAAAUAAAUUAGUGAUGGAAAUUUUAGAAAUGGUCAGAUCCAUAGAAGUUAUGCAAGAAAAUAUGUUACAUGCUCUCUUAACAUAUAUUCAUUCUUUGUGUUUAGGCUUUGGGCGAUAUAUCACGCAAACGCGGAUUCAGCCAAUAUUUGCAUCCGAUGUGUCUGAACUUGUGCAACAAUUAACGGUAUUCGCGGCAGAUAAAAAAUAUAUGAGCUUGACAAUAAUGCCAACGUACUUAAUUAUGUUGUCUACUUUAAACGGUACAGAGGUUGCUAAGUCCUUGAAAGAGUUCCUUGUUGCUUUGUCUAUGAGCGGUACCAGUAUUACUAGUUUACAGAUCGCAGUGAUUAUGUUGUGUGCGGACGAGCACAUGCAAGAGUAUGUCCUUAGUGGUUUAUGGGAUGGGGUAGUGCACCAAAGACCAGUUGUAAGAUGUGCAACCGCAACGUUGUUUGGUUCCGUGAUAGCGCAUGUUUCUGAUCGGUUAGCUAGUACAAAGGUAGUUCCGGCAAUCGUCACACUCGUCAGUGAUCCUGAUCUAACUGUAAUGUCUGCUGCAAUUCCUUCGCUUGGUCGGUUGAUAACAGAAUGCAAAGUGAGAGAGAUGAGAGAUAAAGCACGUUUAACUUUAGAAACCAUUGCUAAAGAUCCUCAGGGUAUUCCCUCAACUUUAGCGCUUCCGUUAGUUUCCACAUUGGCAUUUAUUACUCCCAAUUGCCCUCAGAAUUACAUAGAAGAUGUAAUAGCUACACAAUUAACUGGAAUAGUUUCGUUAGCAUUACAGCAAGGUCGUAAAAUCGAUCUCAUUAGUGCUUUGGUCGAAGCAUAUUCAGUUCUGGUUUACUGUCCACUUAGCAAUCAAUGCGUUUCAAAUGUCUUAUUACCAGGCUUAAAGUAUUUGGAACAAUUAGUAAACCAUCAUUUACCUCAGCAGAAAGAAGCCGUUAAAUCACUUUUGAGAGAAGCAGAAUCUCGUCAGGAUCUUUCGAAACCGAUGGAAAGGUCCUUAUCGAUGAGUUCUGGCCUUUCAUUAUCAAUGGCAACUGUAAAUGUAGGACAAGGUGUUGAAGACAUGAGACAAAGAGUGAGCAAGAUUUUUCAACAGAAAACUAGUUCACCAAGCAUGCCAAGUAUUUUCCGAAAAAAGUAAGACAAACUAUUUUGUUUUUCAGUUACAUGUAUAGAUUAAUGUGUUCUGUUGAUGUUUAUAAAAAUGUCUUAUUAAUUUUCUCUUUAAUACUCUUGGGCAUCUAACAACAUUUGUACUUAUGUAUUUUACGGUACAAGGUGAAGCACAAAACUUAUAUGAAU